AUGACCUCUCCAACGCACAGCCAUGCGUCGAACACAGGCAGUCGACGUCACCACACGCCGCUGUUGCAGGAGCACAGCAACUGUUUGACUCGGCGGCAGGAGAUGCUGAAGCUCCAAAACAGUCAGUCGUCCAGCCUGCACUACUCGGCAUCGCAGCAGCAAGAGGAGGCGGACGCGGAUGCGGCUAUGCCGGGCACCGUCGUCGUGUGCGGUGUGCGCUCCGCGUUCCCCCUUAUCCCGCUGGCCGAAGAGGCGCAAAUCGCAAGCGGCAGUGCGCUGCUCGAGACACCGUCGUCGAAGUCUUCGCCUAGCCCGCUGGGCGGUAUACCGUGUCCGCGCCGUCCGUCGUCUCUGACUGCGACCACACUCUUCCAGUGCCAGGACUCCGGCACCGGUAUCGGCGGCGAUGAGCCUUGCAUCAGCAACGGCACCAACGCGGCCGGAUUACCGCCUGCCCUACGUGCGCGCAAUCGUCCAACUCGCGACGCAACUGGAAGGCCGCCACGGGUGCGUCCAUACAAAGGACAAGAAGAGCAGCUGGCAGAGUUCGAUGGGGAAGCUGGUGCUGAAGAUGACAGCUUCCAUCGGGGGCUGAGGGAGGACGAUGAAUUCGAGGCAGAGGAUGCAAGGUCCGCCAGCACCAACGCCGCGUCGCCGCACGAGAGCGAUGAGUGCAGCAGUGAGGACAGUGCAGACCGUCCCGACCCCGUCAUUGAGGUCAUUCAACCGCUUGCCGCGUCCAGCGAAGCUGCAUCACACUCAUCCUGCACGAAGCGCGCUCCCUCACCCUCGCAGGUGGUAACGACCGUGGCUCACACACCACAAGCACGUCACUUAACUUCUAGUGGCGACAGCAGUCUGGAAGAGCUCGACGACGACCAGGCCGCAAGCGAGGAGGUGCGCCCGCGCAACAGCCGCUACCCGACACAAGAAUCGCUUGAGAACCACAGGGACGACGCCGAGGGUCGGCGUGCGUCGCAGCCGGCGGACCAGCCUCCCUCUCACAGCUGCCACGCGCAGCUCGAACAGGCAGCCGUAUCUCCAUGUGCACCGACUACGACGCCGACUCAUCGACAGAGUGUCCAGACCACGGACCCCGAGGCAUCCGUGGUGACGACGGACGCAACAAGCGCCACCUUAGCCGCCCAGCUGCUCUCGAAGACGGAGAGGCGCCGCAACUCCGCCGGUGCGGGAAAGGGGACGCUCGUUGCGCACGGUAACGUCAUGCCAGGCGUCCUGCAGACGGUUGGUCCACGUGUGAUGUCGGCAUCCUCGGAUGACCGUUCCCGGCACCAGCGCGCUGGUAAGGGCAGCAUCCACGCCGCUGCAGUGGAGGUCGAAGCGGCGCACUCAGUCUCCUGGGAAACGCAGGGGCCGCAGGUGAUCUUCGCCUCCGAGGCGCGUCGUGCGAGUCGACAGGCCGUGGAGUCUGUUGACCCAUGGUACACCGACGCCGAUCAGCAGCCGAGCCUGCUUCAGACGGUAAGUUCGUGCAACCUCGUGGGUUCGGCUGCGAAUCUCUCGAAGGCGAACUCGCAGCGAAAAAUCUGCGGAUCCCUGGUCGAGCACCACGCGGACACCCCCGUCCAGGCAGAAAAGGCGACGACCGUCACCCAGGCUUCUCCCACAAGAGCGGCAGAGGACAGCGCCGCUCAGCUGCAAUGCCAAAGUGCCGGUGCCGCCAUGCCGCCUCGCUCGCCGGUGGACGAGAGCGCCUCGAAACCGUCCCCCCUGCUCGCCUCUCGGUCCUCAUCCCGCACGGGCACCAGCGACGGCGAGGAGGACUACGACGCCCAUCCGUCGCAGGCAAGGCGAGGAGACCCAAGGGGGCCGACGGAGAGCAUGGCGGAGGGUGCAGGUGACUGCCGCCGGGGCAAGGUGGACGAGAUGCCGCCGAUGCAUCAGCCGCACAGGCGCAAGGGCAAACCCGAAGUUGAGGGUGGCAAGGAUGAUAUCAACGCGAUGAACGGUAGAAAAAACGAAAUCGAGGAACACCCCCAGCAGCAGCGCCAAGCGGAAGUGGAGCACGCUGUAGGAGCCGCAGCUGCGAGAGGAGGCAACGGCAAACAUGGACUGGCGCCACAGUGUCGCCCGCCGGUGCAGGUGAGCGCUCUGGAACCGCGUCAGAUCCUCUCUUCUCGUGCCAUCGCGUACGAGAGCAGCAGUGAAACCCAAGAUGAGUUCAUCGACGUCCACGAGGAGGCCGAUGAUAGCACGGAGCACAUCAGCUGCUACGAUGUGGCCUGUCAGACAUCGCAGCACCUGCUGAUGUCGGUGCGAGGAGAGUGGCAGGGGCGUGCGCAAGGCCGGCAAGGAGCGAAUAGCGAGGGCGACGUCAGCCAGAUCGACCAACUGGACCCUCACUACGUUGGUUCGAGCAGGUGGAUGUGCGCUUCUGGUGUUUGCCCGCAGUGCCACCCCAAGCGGCAGGUGAGGGGGAGCAGCGGUGGUUUCGGAGGGCGUAGCAAGCCGACAUGGCCACUAGCCCCGCGCAGCAACUUGGGGUACAGCGCUCCACCUCGCUUUGUCCCGUUGCAGAGACCCCAGGGGUCAGCGAGGGCGGCUACUGCAGGCCGCGGCGCGCGCCUUCCGCCGCUGCGGUCAUCCUCGAGCGCAUUGACGCGCACGCACCCUCAACUCCCGCCUGCAUUGUCGUGCCAGCAGCGCGCUCAAAGGCCACCGUCGGCACGGCAGCACAGCGGCACCUACAUUAGCAGCACCAGCAGCAGCGCUGGCCGUCACUACCGCCGCGACCGCUACUCGCCUACUGUAACCUCCUACCAGGGUGGGUACUGCUUCACGCGCGAGUGGGACGCACAGCAGCAGCAGCGGAAGUGUCGGCUGCGUGAGCUGCAGAUGGAGCAGAGAGCCCGUCGCGGGGGCACCGGGGCGGCAUACACAUCCUUGUUGCUGCUGACAAGUCGUGACAUGCAGUCGAGGGAGCGGGCGGCCGGUAAGGCGCCCACAAGCUAUCGGUACUGCAACCUGGAGUCGCAACAGAUGAUGGUUCACACGGGGAUGGGCCGCGCAGAUUUAGAGCUGGAGAACUACAACGACACGCUCCACGGAGCCCCUCUCAUCGAGGCGCAGGAGGAGGACGCCGACGACGGUGCGGUGAAGGUGAUCGAAGCCUGGAAAGAUCGGGAGGUCAGCGAGCCAGCACAGCUGCGUUAUCCGGCGGCCACAGCUGUUCCCGCCGCAGACAGCAGCAACGCCGCCACCACCACCAACCCCAGCUCCCACGCACACCCUGCCGCCAGCGACUCAGCCAAAGCGAGUCGGUUGUGCGUGCUGUGCUAA